AUGAACAGUAACGUUAGUGACGCUUCCGACACGGGAGGGGAGGUGGAGGACGGGACGUAUGCGCACGCGCUCGCCACACUUGUCGUUCUUUAUAUAAUAGUGUCCGUCAUUGGGAUUAUUGGUAAUGUGAGCUUAAUGGCCGCGCUGGCGUCGGGCGGUGCAUCGCGCCUUCGUACACCCCAGAUGCUGAGCGUAUGCGCAGCUGAUUUCCUCGUCUGCGCAGCGAGUGCGCCGCUGGCGGCUACACGCGCGGCUAGAAUAGAUGAGCUUCCCUGUCAUGUCACUUUUUAUAUAGAGUCAUUCCCUGUGGCAGCGAGCACGCUGUCUUUAGUGGCGAUCGCUGCUGACCGCUGCGGUGCUGUUCGCCGCGGCGGCACUUCGCUCUGUGCUCGACCGCACUUAGCCGUCGUCGCAGUUUGGAUAAUGGCGUUAUCGCUCGGUGCAGCAAUUUUCACAACAACGUGCGUCUCCUGUCCCACUCUAGCAAUAGCACACGCCCUUGUCACCUAUUGCUUCCCAGUCAUGGCAGUAGCAAAAUGCCACUGGGCAGUACGAGUAAAACUCACCGCAUUGUCACUUACUGCACGCGCGGCCCACGGUGAGCUACCACUCCCCGUACCGCUCAUGAGAAGACCAACACACGUUAUCAUUGUCGCUGGAGUGGGUCCUCGUGAACGUCGAGAUGCUGUUGACGUCGGUGACGUCAGAGCUAAGAAGAAACUUCAACCAAGUCUCCUCGGCCCUCAGCCACAGACAUCAACGCUACGUUCCCGACGCCGACUGGGCAACGUCCUCAUGGGCAUAGCCGCUAUAUUUGCUCUAUGUUGGUGUCCACACGCCGCCAUAGUGAUAUACAGCGCUCUUGGAUUCCACGUACCGCUUCUAAUAGGUCAUUUCACGCUGCUAUUAGGAUAUGCACAUUCAGCUCUCAACGCUGUCGCUUACUGGGUGUUGAAUCGUCAUGCACUGACUUCAGCAUGUGCUGCAUGGCGGCUCCCACAGCUUCGCGUGCGCGAGGAGAGGCCAUCAUCGACGAAUGAGGCGGCGCUGGGAGCAUUCCACCCUCGCCUCGCACGCCCUGCUCCCUCUCCCCGCCCACCCCCUUCAAGCUUCCUCUAUUGA